CGGCUACGGAGUUAGCAAAAUAAAUAAAUAAAUCUGAGAGGGAGGGGGGGGUGUCAGACAUUGGAUGAGUACGAUUUGGAAAAGUCUGCCAGCUGAAAGAUGUUCAGGAUGGAGAUACACGUUUGGCUGAUGGCCUUUUGCGUCAUUGUCGCGUCUGCACCCCAGUGGCGCAGGGACCCCAAGCUGGACAAAUACUGGGAGUUAUGGAUGAAGAAAUAUGGCAAAGAAUACCAAAAUACGAAUCAGGAAGAGCCGCGCCGAAUGACGUGGGAAAAGAACAUACAAUUUAUCACACUGCACAAUCUCGAAUAUUCACUGGGCCUGCAUUCUUACGAACUUGGCAUGAAUAACUUAGGAGAUAUGACCAGCAAAGAAGUGUCGUUGCUCCUGACCGGCUUGAAAAUCCCAUCCUGGUGGAACCGAAAUUCCACGUCGCACAAAUCCAUCGUAGGCACCUGGAUCCCUGAGUCCAUAGACUGGAGGGACAAAGGAUACGUCACGAGUGUUAAAGACCAGUAUUCAUGCGGCGCUUGCUGGGCCUUCAGCGCGGUGGGGGCCCUGGAAGCUCAGUUAAAACGCAAGACCGGGAAACUGGUGUCGCUUAGCUCCCAGAAUCUGGUCGAUUGCUCCAAUCUCUACGGGAACCACGGCUGUAACGGAGGUUACAUGCCUGCUGCUUUCCAGUAUAUCAUAGAUAAUAAAGGAAUCAACUCCGAGGAUUCCUAUCCAUAUAAGGCCAAGGAUGGGCUAUGUCGCUAUAAUCCCGCUGCGAGGGCUGCUACCUGUUCGAAAUAUACCUUGCUUCCAUCUGGAAACGAGACUUACCUGAAGGAUGCUGUAGCCAACAUUGGACCAGUGUCGGUGGCCAUCAACGCAAACCAGCCAACAUUCUUUCUCUAUAAGCAAGGAGUUUAUAAUGAUGCCAAAUGCACCAGUCAGCAUUUGAACCAUGCCGUCCUCGUGGUUGGAUACGGAAAGGAGAAUGGCAUGGAUUACUGGCUCGUGAAGAACAGCUGGGGAAUCAAUUUUGGCCAUGAAGGCUAUAUUAAAAUUGCCAGAAAUCAAGGGAAUCGCUGUGGCAUCGCCAGUUACUGCUCGUAUCCGAUCAUUUAGAUUGAUUGCCAAAACCCAGAUCUUCCAUCCGGCUCCACCUGGUAGAUCUAAGGCAAGCAGCCCACACCAGGGUUUAUCUGGGUUUAGUUUGGAAUUUUCUAACGAUCCCUGGGGUACUGCCAAGCUUAAAUCAGUUAAUCAGGUAAUGUCUACCAAUCUGCUUUGAACAAGCAAAGAGCGCAGGAUAAUUGACAGGGAUUUCCAUUUCGGGCCACCUGAAAAACGGGAUGGCGUCCAGAAUCUGCAUUCAGGAGUGUAAAGCAAAAUCUUCUUUAAAGUUUCGGCUAUUUGCAAGACGGUUUCUCACCUGGAAAGAAUCAAAUGCAUGCAAAGUUGAACUUGGGACUCAUUUUAACACAAGGAAGAAAAGAACAUUUUCACUGCCUGGAGCCACUGCAUGGAAUUACAACAGUAUAAACAUGGAAUCUUAGCAUUGGAAGGGACCUUGGAGAUCAUUUAGUCUAACCCGCUGUCCAAGGCAGGAGACCUUGCAUU